AUGUUGUGGAUAAAGCGUAAAUUAAUAUAUUCUGUCGGCAUUUCUGUACUUGUUUUAUUCCUGUUUUUAUUCAAUCUCAAGCGUCGCUCAUUUCACAACAUAAAAUGGCCUUCGUCCAACAAAAUUGUGUUUUAUAACAGAAUACCCAAAACUGGCUCAACAACAUUCACAAAUGCAAUUGCUUACGAUUUAUACAAAGAAAAUGGAUUCAAUGUACUUCAUGUUAAUAUGACAAAGAAUCGACAGAUAAUGAGUCUGCCCGAUCAAUACACGUUCGUCAACAAUGUCACUACGUGGACCGAGAGGCUACCGGCCUUUUACCACGGCCAUGUCGCAUAUAUCGAUUUUCAAAGGUUUGGUUUGGCCAACCCAAUAUACAUUAACAUCAUAAGAGAGCCAUUAGAACGACUAUUGUCUCAUUACUAUUUUCUACGAUACGGAGACAACUAUAGAAUAGGUUUGAAACGAAGUCGAGCAGGAAACAAUGAGACCUUCGAUGAGUGCUACACGCGAGGAGGGAAAGAUUGCGAUAUGAAACAAAUGUGGGUACAAAUUCCCUUUUUCUGCGGACACUAUCACUUUUGCUCAGAAGUCGGGAACCCAGAAGCGUUAAAAAUGGCAAAACAAAACGCGAUGGAGAAGUACCUUUUGGUUGGAACAACCGCGCGGAUGCGGGAUAUGAUUGCACUUCUUGAAGUCACAGUUCCAGACUUCUUCAAUGGAGCACUCAACCAUUUUGAUCAUCUUGACGCUAAUCGUGCUCAUCUACGAUACACAAAAAAGAAAAUCCCUCCAAAUGAUCAAACGUUAUCUAUGAUUCGACGAGAUGAAGUGUAUAAAAUGGAACGAGAAUUCUACGAUUUCGUUAGUGAUCUAUUCGAUGCAGUGUUCAAAAAAGCAACUAACGGAUCAUCAAAAGCAGAAAACCUCGCAAAUAUGCCCACGCAGUAUCAUUAUGAAAAAAUCAAACCACCAUAA